AUGCUCCUGCGAAGCUUCCGGGCACUUCUCCUGCUGCCCAUGUCGCUGGCCGCGGCGUGGAAGCCUAUUGUGGGUCCGCCAGCCGCCUUCACACUGAAGCAGACCCUUCCCGCCGUAGCCACUUCUGUGGCCUCCCUCGGUGACAGUCAAUUCCUUGACAGCCACAGCCACCAGGCCGCGCAGCCCUUCGCGGACUCGGAGGAGCGCAUCCUGCACGGCAAGUUUGCCUACGGCGCCAAUUCCAUCUUCGGCACAGGACUCGCUGAACCCGUGUUUUGUGUGGCAGAAAUAUAUGUCGCUUGUGACCCAAAUUACCAUUCAAACUUUCUUCCAUGUCCUCUUCCCUGGUCAAAACACCACCAUCGACAGCACGAUUCAUGUAGUGUGGACAAAUAUGCAUUGGAGUACGACGGGACGCUGCAAUAUGACAAAACCCUGCCGAAAUUGGAUCAAUUCACGCUCUGCGCCUGGAUGAGAUUCACCAAUCAUUCUGGAGAUCACACAGUUUUCACAUACUCAGUCGAUGGCGAGGACAGGGAAAUCCAAAUGUGGGUGGCCAACGCCAAGGGCUCCAGCUUCCUGUCGCUCGCCGUUCAUGGUCAGUCGCUGUACCGCCUCAACUACCCACUGAAGUUCCGCCAGUGGCAUCACGCCUGCACGUCGUGGAACGGCAAGACGGGCGAGUGGCAGCUGUGGAUCAAGGCGGAGCGCGUCGGUCGCGGCUUCCACAAUCGCCUGGUCAACCACCAAAUUAAAGGCAAUGGAGUUAUCUUCUCGGGCGGCCCCUCAAUCACCGGCCAAGUGGCCGAAGGACUUCAUGCGGAAGUGACGAUGAUUCAAUUGUACAAAGUGGCUUUGAGUGCUGGCAAAGCACAUCGCGACCAUAAACACCAUCACGUGCAUCACUUCGAUCACAACGGACCAGUUUCCAGCACGGCGACGCCGCCGACGCCAUCGCCUCAGCCUGUGCAGCCUAUCAAUCCAUUGCUGGCCAAUGGACAAAUAGCCACGCGCGUGCGGUUGAAUCUGGCGGGCGUGCAGAAUCAGGAGGGGGCCAGUCAGCCCCCGGCGCCCGUGCAGGGCCUGCCAUCGCAGCUCCUGGGCGGUCUUCUGUCGCAGCCGCAAGACGCCACAAUUACCACUCAGUUCGUCAAUGGGCAAUUCCACACUGGCGGUCGGCUACUGUCUGAGCAGCUGGUCACUGGCGGACUGCAACAGAGGCCGCAAGGCAACAGCCUCACUUUCCCCGGGCCCGUGGCCUCCUCGGCCGCGCCGACCGGCGGCGCCACGUCGUUCGCGCAGCUCGGCAGUCCCGCGAACGUGCAAUUCAUCGACGACGCCAGCAGCUCGCGUUUCCUCUUCAAGCGCGACAGCCAGGCGCAGGAGGAGGACGAGGACAAGCGCGUGCAGAAGCGCGGUCUCAUCAUGCUGCCCGGCGGCGCGAUAAUCGACGACAGCCUGUUGGGGCGCGACACCGACAUCCUCGAGGGAUUGACGCAGUUCGGCGAGCAGUCGUUCAAGGACUCGGGUAUCGAGGACGAAAUCAGGGAGCACGACAGGGAACCCGCCGAGGGCGAGGUGCGCGCCGUGAUGAAUCUGUGCACGGCGUGCGAUCACGAGCCCUUCCUGGGUGCCAUUGUGCUGGCGUGGAAGGAUCUCCACGUGAGCAUGAAUCACGCCCUCCGGGCCAAAUCAUCGAACGUCUGCGGGCAGUUCUAGACUAUUCCAAUUCACCCACAAAUCACUCAUUAAUCUCACACCCAAACAUCGGAUUUCUCCCUCGCAUCUCUCUUGUCAAUCUCAGCCAUUCUCGCGCGCGUGUGUACAUAACAUUUUCUACGGCGCUCUAGGCCAAUAAAUUAUUUAGAGAAGAGACCAAUGCAGUGGGGUUUGGGGCGGA